CACAUUUCUAGCUUGCGAAGCGUCUGUUCGUGUGAACCCUAGACCUUCAUACGAAGACCGAAGGGAAACAAAAAAGAACUCGCGAGUUCAUCAUGGAGAUCGGUACUGAGGACCAUCAUCGCGCGGGAGCCAUGGGCGGCUCCGGAGGGGGCUCGCCGGCGAGCUCGCGGUGGAACCCGACGAAGGAGCAGAUCAGCAUACUGGAGAACCUGUACAGGCAAGGGAUAAGGACGCCGACGGCGGAGCAGAUACAGCAGAUAACGGGGAGGCUCAAGGCGUAUGGGCACAUCGAGGGCAAGAACGUGUUCUACUGGUUCCAGAACCACAAGGCCCGCCAGAGGCAGAAGGAGAAGCAGGAGAGCCUGACUUACCUCAACCGGUACUUCCACAAGUCUGCCCGUCCCGCCUUCCAUCCUCCUUGCCCAAAUGCUGUUUGUGGACCGUACUUCGUGCCACGGAGUGACAUCGGGACGAUGUACACACAAUGCCCGAAGGUGCUUCUUCCUUGUGGCAUCAAGAGGAGACAGAGGACUGACUUACUGGAGAGAACAAAAACAUUCUGUCGUACAUGUUUUGCGUAUCCCGCGCACCCCCAAGGACAUCAUCAUGACGUGACGGUCCACCAAACAGCUGAGAGCGACAACGACAACACCGUCGAGAGAAAUCAAGAAACUCUGGACCUCUUUCCUUUACACCCAACUGGCAAUGCUGUACAAGAUACGACAAAGUGUUCUCUUGCUGAUCGCGAUUGUUCUCACGCUGAUCUAGAUUGUUCGGCUAUGACCUCCACUUCUUCUUCGGAGGCUCGAGAUGGUUGUAACAACAGUGACCAGCCUUUCUUUGAUUUUUUCUCAGCAAAUGGAUGCUUCUGCGAGAGAGAUUGAAUUCCUCUGAAUGGUGGAUAGUAAAGAUGGGGGUGUAAGUCCGUUGGUGUUCUUAUUCUCUUGAAAAGCUAGUUUGACGGUGAGGAGGUUUUGAUGGAUAUAAGGGUUAUGAGAGGAGAGCAAUCAACAGUUUCUCAUUUUCUCAUUUUUAAUUUUGGGAAUGUUGCACAUGAACAUAC